GGAGGCAAUAUCAGAGCUUAGAUCUGAAGACGCAGAAGUUGAGGAUCUUGGGCUUCACAAGAGUGCGCUCGUAUUUCUCCAGCAGCUGCAGGCAAGAAAUCUUGACACCAAACUGGCGAAGCUGGGGCAAGCAAGCGAAAAGCCGCCCACAGAAAGAAUAUGGGACAUUGCCCGACUGAAUAUACAGCAUUUGAUCUCCGCGAUUCCAAGGACUGUCGUGGAGCAAGAUGGGCAGCAGGAGGGUGAUGUACAAAACGACCUUUUGCAGGGAGCCGCUGUCUUCCCUGAGCAAAAGAGGUCUGAGUCCAAGGGACAGGGGCCGCAAGUUGUGGUUGAGGCAUGGAGCCCAAGGAGGCAAGUUAAUGUCGACAUGUCGAUGAAUGCGGAUAAUUUUCUGUGGAGGACAACGACAAAGGAAAUGAACUCUCCAAGAAUAUUGCAAGGGGCAACUGAGUCCAAAGAACGCAUAGAAAAUAAUGAGGGAGCUGGUGGGGUGAUGGAAGAAUCCGUGCACGAGGCGCCGAUCGAUGCAUCGGAGACGGCUGCACAGGAAGGGGCCAGUGUCAACACUCUGGUGAAUUUAGAAGAACACAACGAAGAGACCACAUCCGAACAACAUGUGGACGAGGCGCCAGGGGCCUGUGUUCAAGAAGGUGCCAUGGAUGGGAGGAGUUCCGAAACUGAGAUGAAGAGCAAGCUAUCGGGUGAAAAUCAUGGGACGUUGUGCCUGCCCAAAGUUGGGGACAUCCAGAAGCUGGAUGCUCCCCCUGGGGAUCUUGCCGCACCCGGAGAUCCCCUGCAAGUGGUCUUGAGAAACGAAUUGCGGAUAUGUCAGGAUGUGUUGGACCGCGUGCACACCGACAUGAGGCGAGUCCUGGACGCAAUCGACGGGCAUGGGGCGCUUGACGAAGACACCUUCAAACUGAUGACUGAACUGUCUCGAUGGGAGCUCCCUUGGAGAGACUGCAGCGGGCCGCUGGAUUGCGAAUGUAUGGACAACUGGGUCCAGGACCUUGUCAACCAAGCGUUUUUCCUGAAGGGAUGCGUCGGGCGGGGUCUUCCCAGAAUCGUGCCCAUCGGGCUCCUGUUCCAACCGGAGGCGUACCUUCACGCAGUCAGGCAGGAGUUUUCCAUGAUGGCGGGCGUCCCAAUGAGCUGUGUCCACUUCGAAUGCGAGGUCCUCGAGGGGGACGGGCUUGACGUGCCAGUGGAGGAAGGCAGUGUCGAGGGUGAUCAGGGGGCAUCCUGGGACAAGCCCAUCGCGCCUUUAAGGACAAGCGACUGUGGAUUGUGUGUGUCUGGGAUCGUCAUUCAAGGUAAAACGCGGCCAGAAGCGCAUUGCAAUGCACGGAAUCUAUCGUAG